CCCGUUGUCACGGCUCAGCUCUGUCUGGGAAGGAUGGAACAUCCCCAGGGCUACGCGCAUGCCCCGGCAGCCCAACCUGCAGCUGCAGGGAAUCCUCCGCAGAACGAGCCACAACAGCCGGUUGUUCGAGUCGUGCUCCAGAAUGUGACGGCGACGGUCAACAUGCGCAUCACCAUCGAUCCCUCUAGCCUGGCGAACAAGAUCAGGCACGCCGAGUACAACCCGAAGAAGCUACCCGCCGUAGUAAUGAGAAUACGAGAGCCGCAGGCUACCGGCCUCUUGUUCUCUUCGGGCAAGGUGGUGAUCACGGGGGCCGCGGGUGUGGAGGCCGCUCGCGAGGCCGCCCAACGAUUCGUCGCCGUCGUGGAGGGCGUAGGACUAAACCCCACGACCAACCCGAACCAGCUGCGCUUCGCGGUGCAAAAUAUGGUGGCUACUUUUGAGGUGGAUGCUCCCAUAAGCCUUGAGCUCAUGGCCUACUGCCAGGCCAGAUGGUGCAUGUACGAGCCGGAGCUCUUUCCAGGGUUGAUCUACCAGACAGCGCACAGAGGGGUUGUGGCGCAUGUUUUCUCGUCCGGCAGGGUGGUGCUGACCGGGGGCAAGCAGGAAGACCAUCUCAAUGAGGCGCUGGUCAGGUUGCUGCCCAUCCUUAAUCAGUACAGACAGCCGGAUGCGUAGCUUGCUACACGGGGUCACGCGAUUCACUUGAAGGGAGGAACGGAUUAAACCACUGGGGGCAAGAGAGGCGAUAUUUCCCGGCGGGAGGUUCAACAGAAACCCGACAAUCGAACGGCGCCUGACGGACAUCUGGUGUACAUACGUAACGGUCGAGGUGGUAAAAGUUUGGCGUUGGCACCAACAUCCUUCUUUUUCCGUGGUUUGGCCGCCUCGGUUUUUCGGCGCCGCCGCUUUCCGCGAGCAUCAACGACCCAAGCAAACCGCAGCAUGCACGAAAGAAGCUAAAGCCUGCGAGAGGGCCGAUGUGAUGACUGCUGAGGCCGGGGGGAGUCAGUUCAAUAGGUCAUAUGGAUUUGGGGCUUUGGUGUGACGUAGACUGCUCGUGUUCACGUCAUGGAGAAUUAGAGGUCGGUCGAUCGAGAGACAGAGAGAUAGGGAGGGAGAGAAAACAUGAGGCGGUUUGAUCGAAUUUUUACGAAGUCGUUUGGUGCCAAAGUCCAGGAAACGGGUGCUUGCAGCAGCUACACUUCCAUCAUUCAAGUUGUCGUGCGCUCUAUCGACAAACCUCGAUACAGGGGGGUGCGCCAUUGUAGCCGUCGCGUCAAGAACCGACUGGCGGAGCUUGGAGGUGUGCCAGGCUGCCGUCGUUUUGGCAUCGGCGGUGUAGGCUUACCCACGACAACUAUGGCGGAUACCCGUACGGAAAUUUGGCGGUUUUAGGCUCAAUUGACUCAUACCGAUUAAUGAAGCGGAAGC